UCGGCACCUCUAAGCACGCACCAGCUGUUGCUUCCAACGAAAUUAAAAGUUUAUAGCGAUUAUCUUAACUUUCAGGCCCCAAAAUGGGCAAAGGCAAGCUCAGGAAGAUGAAGGCCAUGAAGGCCCUUAAAGCGCUGCAGAGGAAUAGUCAGUGGCACGUAGGCGGUGCUUCCUCCAAUGAGGCUUCGAAAAUUUUGCUCAGUCUGGCUGGCGGGUCUCCUCAGAAAGAAAAACUUUCGGCAGGGGCACAACAAAAUACGAAAACCUCAAAAAAUAGCGAUGAAGCAGCUGGACCAUCCAAAACUGAGUUCAAGAAGUUCAAAGACCACCUACCGAAGAACUUACCAAAGAGAUUGCAGAACACCAACAAGAAACUCAAUCGCAAGAGCAUGACAAAGCUUAUGAGUUCAAUUAAAAAGAAGUACAAAGUUCAAAAGAAUCCUCAGGUUCAGCGUAAGUUGGAAUUUCUUAGGAAUUCCCCCACCAAGAACCUUAAGCUGCCUAGAUCCAAAAUCUUCAAACCGCGAAAGAAAAUUACAAGGAACAUUGAGGAUAUUGAAGAGGGCGAAAUAAUCGAAACCAGUGACGACGAUGACUGCGUGCUGCUGGAGCCUCCGAACGUCCCUAUAAGCAUUGAUGGGGACGAAAGCAAUACAGAUACUGAACCAUUUUCCAGUGAGAAAUUCUUUGAGGCCUGCCAGCGCCGUGCCGAAAUAAUGACCAAGCCGAAGAUAGUCACAGAUUCCCGCCGCGAGGUGGCACUGCUUGUAACACCAAAGUCGGAUAAUAAGUUGUUGUACUCCCCCCUAACCAAGACGACUUCACCGGCGGACAUCUCCUGCAUCGACUUGCUUGGAAGUCCCGAAUCAAUGCCAGCUGCCGUAAUGCCAAUGCCCAUCGAAAACCACGAUGAUUCGGUGAUCCUAUUGGAGGACUCUAUUGGGGGAGAGGAUUACAUUCCCUUGCUGAAUCCGUUGCCGAAAAACGUAACGAAAAAGCAGCAGAAAACCCCCAAAAAGUCGGCAAAGCCUAAGAAAAAGCAAAGUGGACGUAUGAACAUUAGCCAGUUUACCUCGGCAGAAAAGAAAAAAGUUGGAGACUACAACAGCAACACGUUCAAUCCUACUGAGGAGACGGACGAGCCCGGGCAGGCAGGCGACAAGCCCAAGUCCACUAAGCGUUCCAUUAUCAUCGACGGCAGCAAUGUUGCCUUUGCUCAUGGCAAUUCAAACGUGUUCUCCUCGGAGGGCAUCAAGUACUGCCUGCAGUAUUUCGACAAAAUGGGACACAAUGCCAAGGCUGUGAUGCCAUCGUUUCGUCGCAACGCCUUCAAGUCCUCGAAUCCCGAGCUCCUCGAUCAGCUGCAAAAGGAGGGAAAGAUAGUUUUUACUCCUUGCAAAAACAUUCCCGGCCAGAAAUCCAUCAGCUAUGAUGAUCGGUUCAUUUUGCAGCUUGCCUACGAGUGGAAUGCUGCCGUCGUGUCCAACGACAACUACCGAGACCUGAUUGACGAGAGUCCUGCCUUCAAGAAGAUUGUGGAGACUCGAGUCCUGGGCUACACAUGGUGCGACAACAUAUUCAUUCUGCCCAAGGAUCCCUACGGUCGCUGGGGACCCACUCUGGAUGAAAUUCUGCGAUGCUAGCUCACUUAGCAGUAACUUUCUUAUUUAUGUAAAAAUGUCUUAGUGUUGCCAUGAAGUAGGGCAAAUUUAAGCACACAGCUCAUAAGUUGAUUUCUGGUCAUCACAUAUUUACUUAAGCACCACAAAGUGUACAUAGCGAGUUUUCAUGGAAAAAUAUACUUAAGAUUCGUACAAACUUUGGUUAAAUAGUCUUAAUGUUAAAUAUGUUAGUAAAUAAAAAAAAAACCUAAUGCAUAA